GUCAGGACCAAUGUAAUUUCUUCAGUGUGCUCUUUUUCAGUAGGACGAUCAUACUUGAAGGCUAAAUUGGAAAGCAAGCUGAAACCUGCUCCAGUCCAUUACAGAUUGAACUCAAGGAGCUUUGAGUGAAUCAUCAUGGAUGAGGACUUCGACAUUGAGCGCCGCAGGGAGAUACGGAGACAAAAGCGAGAAGAAAUGCAGAGGGAGGCAGAAAAGAUGAAAUCUCAGGAUGAUGAGGUGGAGGCAGCUCGGGAGCUUCGUAGACGAGCCCGUCAGGAACGCCUGCGCAACAUGGAGAAUGAGGAGUUGAGUAGCACUACAACAGAAACUUAUAGUUCUGAGACAUCAACAUUGAUCACUAGUUCUGCACCGGCUGAGGAUGAUGACCAGGCUCUCCUGGAUAGGAUUGCUAAGAGAGAAGAGCGGAGACAGAAAAGAAUGAUGGAGGCUUUAGAGAGACAGAAGGAACUUGACCCAACCAUCAUGGAUGGAAGUGUCAUGACCACUACAGAGCCAUUUCAUAGAAAUGGUGAGCAAGAGUUCUCCCAAAAAGAGACAGAAACCAACCACUGGGAGGAAAGGGAACAGAAAAAACAAGAGGAAAAGAUAAAAGUAACCAAGACAGAGGUUGAGGAGACAACCACGGUAAAGGAGGAGCCAGCUCCAGUCACAGCUGCUGAAGAACCCAAAGAAACUCCUGAGAAGAUAGUAGAAGACAAACAGGAGUCUUACCUCAAAAAACAGGAAUCUACAGAGGAGAAACCCAAAGAACCAGCUGUAACAAAUAAGGAAGAAUCUGUCAGUGCAAAUAGAGAGACUAAAGAAAAAACAGAAGCAGAUUUAGCAAGUGCAGAUUUAGAAAAUAAAGAGGUUGAAUGUCUUGUAUCAAGUAUGGUCACACAAGAGAAACCUGCAAUAGAGGACAAAAUAGUAGAAGUUGAAAUCAAAUUGGAACCAGCUACAUCACAGAAUGAAGAAGUAAAGCCUGCGGCGAAAGAGGAACCUGAGAAGAAACCUGAGGAAAAGCCUGUGCAGAAAGAGGAACCUGAGAAGUUACCUGAAGAAAAACUUAUGGAGGUUAAGGUUAGAAUACAGGAUUCAAAACCUCCAGUGAAGGAGGCUGAGAAACCUACGAAAGAACAAGAAAAACCUAAUGUACCUGAAAAGACUGUUGAAGAAACACCUAAAAAGUCAACUAGGGAAGUUGAGGUUAAGGUCCAAAUCACAAAGAAAGGAAAGGAGAACCCACAAAUGAAGAGGCAGGCUGAAGAAAAACCAUCAACACCAAAGAAAGUUGAGGAGAAACUUGUGACACCAAAGCAAGACAUUGAUGAAAAGCCAAAAUGGAAGAAAGUGAGAGACGAAACUGAGCCCAAACCUUCAGAAAAUGCUAAACUAAAGAAGAAAGAGGUUAUGGAGGAAAAGCCAAAACCUUCCUUUUUACGUGACAAACUGAAAGUGACAACAAAGCCACAUGAUACAGUUGACAGCACAACAAAAGCCAAGAAACCAGAGAAGAUGCUAAGCCCCACAGGUUUACGCUCUCCUGAAACUGAGAAGCAGGAUCCCAUAGCCAAGCUGGAGGCAGAACGCAAGCUACAGGAGCUGAAGCGACUGAGAAAUGAGACUGACAGCGAGGUUCUGGAGAAGAUGAAGCAGAAGCAGCAAACGGCUCAGGCCGAGCUGGAGGAGCUCAAGAAGAAGAGGGAGGAGAGGAAAAAGAUUCUUGAGGAAGAGGAGAAACAGAAGAAACAGCAACUGGCAGAAAAGAAGGCCAAGGAGGAGGAAGAGAGGAAAAAGAUGAAAGAGGAGAUCGAACAAAGAAGAGCAGAGGCAGCAGAGAAAAAGAAGCAAAAGGAGGAGUCCAAAGUAGGGAGCAAACCACCAUUCGUCGCUCCAAAGGGAGCCUCCGCCAAGAUUGGGGAGAAAGCUGAAUUUUUGAACAAAUCUGCUCUUAAAAGUCCAGUGAAGUUGUUACACACGCCAUUAGUAUGCAAGAUUGGAAACAGACUGGAGCAGUACACUUCUGCUGUUCAGACUAAAGAAGUGGCCAAAUCACCCAAAUCUCCUGUGGAUGUACCUGUAGCUGAAGGUGUGCGGAACAUCAAGAGCAUGUGGGAGAAGGGGAACAAUGUCAAUCCCACCUCCAGUCCUGCAAGCCCCCCAGCAGUCACAAAGGAAACAGCUGUCCUUAACAUUGGCGUGGCUGGUCGGAUUAACAGCUGGAAGACCAAGACGCCUGAACAACAGAAACCCGUUGAACCAAAGCCCACACCUGAACCAGAAAAACCAGCCAUCAAAACAGAUCAGAAGCCAGCUGAUGUAACUAAAACACGUGGCCUAUGGGAAACAAAGGGCUCCUCCCCUGCCAAGGUGCUCACAGCCAGGAGUACAUUCGUCACUAAUGGGACAAGAAAAUGAAGACAUUUGACCAGACACCAGAUCAGCCAAAAUUAAAGCUGAAACCAUAAAAUGUGCAUUGAUUUAUGACAGUGGUUCUCAAGUGGUUUUCCUUCAGGAUCCAGGUUUUACAUCGGAUGUCAAGUGGGGACCCGACACUGUAUCGAAUUUGUUUUUCGUACUAAAAUAAACAAAUGUCUUCAAAAUCAAACAAUUAUCAUGUACCGCGUAGGCCCAAAUAUUUGCUUAAUUAAUAACAACAAUUAUAUAACAGCAGAACUAAUAUAUUUAAAGGUAUAGUUCACCCAAAAAUGAAAAUGCUCUCAUCAUUUACUCACCCUCAUGCCAUCCCAGAUGUUUUUGACUUUCUUUCUUCUGCUGAACACAAACAGAGAUUUUUAAAAGAAUAUUUCAGCUUUGUACAUCCUCACAAUCCAAGGUAAUGGUGACCACAAUUUGGAAGCUCCAAAAAGCAAAUAAAGGCAUCAUAAAAGAAAUCCAUAAGACUCCAGUGGUAUAAUCCAUAUCUUAAGAAGUGACAUGAUAGGUGUGGGUGAGAAACAGAUCAAUAUUUAAGUCCUUUUUUUACUAUAAAUCUCCACUUUCACGUUCUUCUUCUUUUGUUUUUGGUGAUUUGCAUUCUUCAUGCAUAUCGCCACCUACUGGGCAGGGAGGAGAAUGUAUGGUAAAAAAGAUCAACUUUAAUAUUGAUCUGUUUCUCACCCACAUCGAUUAUAUCACUUCUGAAGAUAUAGAUGUAUUCACUGGAGUCGUAUACAUUACUUCUAUGAGGCAUUUAUGUGCUUUUUGGAGCUUCAACAUUUUAGAACCCAUUCACUUGCAUUGUGAGGACGUACAAAUCUGAAAUAUUCUUCUAAAAAUAAUUUGUGUUCAGCAGAAAAAAGAAAGUCAUACACAUCUGGAAUGAGUGUGUGAGUAAAUUAUGAGGGCGAACUUUUUCUUUAAGCUUCACUAGCCUUGAUUCAAAAAGUAGGCCCACUUUAUAUUAGGUGUCUACUACUAACAUUAAAAUAUGCAAAAUUCUCACAAGAUUUACAUUUGCUGCUACUGAGCUUGAGGGACAGUAGGGUAAGUGUAAGGAUUGGAGUAGGAUUAAGAUUAGGGUUAGGGGUAAGGUUAACAGUGUAACUACAAACAUAAUUAAAUGCAGGUAAUUUAAAUGUAAGUACAAUUCAUCAACACGUAUGUACAUAAUAAGUACAUUGUAUUAAAUGCUUAAGUACAUAAUAGUUAAAGACACCUAAUAUAAAGUUACCACAAAAUAAACUUCUUUAGAUAUAACUUUUUCUUCAUCAUCACUGAUUGAUAAAAUAAACAUAAAGAUGCAAUGAGACUUUGAAACUCCCACUUCUCUCAAUGUAGUCUCUUGUGCAUGUAGAAUCGAAUGACCGAAUACAGUAGCUGUUAAUUCUACCCUCAUGAUGUAAUGCUUGUUGAUGUAUUAUCAUUGCUGACAUACUGCAGUUCAUGGGGAUCACCUCCCCUUGACUCCAAAACAGAUUAGCAAAAAUAGAAUUUUGUUUCUAAGUUUGAUUUACCUUUUUGUGUGUUGUUCAAUUGUCAAGUCUAUGUUUGAAAACUCAUGCUCCAUAACAUGUCCCUUGUAGUUGUGGAUUGUGCUGUGCUGAUCUUAUUGCUUUUUGCUUACCAGACAUACAGUGGUCCCAAAAAGUUAUUUAAAUUCAUAAUAAAUGCCACUUGGUUAGAUUUUUAGUUAUCUAAUACAAUGACAAUUUUCACCCAAAAAUGAAAAUUCUCUCAUCAUUUACUCACCCUCAUGCCAUCCCAGAUGUGUAUGACUUUCUGUCUUCUGCAGAACACAAACAAAGAUUUUUAGAACAAUAUCUAGUCUCUUUAGGUCCAUAUAAUGCAAGUGAAUGGUGAUCAGGCCUUUGAAGCUCCAAAAAAGGAGAUAAAGUCAGCAAAAAGGUGUCUAACAUCUGACAUUAGUGGUUAAAUCUAUAUCUUCUGAAGCAAUCCUGUUGUUUUUGGGUGAGUACUGGCCAAACUGACCCAAACUCCUUUUUCACUACAACUCUUGACAUCAUCAGUCCCCUUGUGAUCAUGAUUUCAAGCUCAGUUCCACUUGGAUGGCAUGAGGGCGAGUAAAUAAUGAGGGAAUUUUCAUGUUUGGUUGAACUAUCCCUUUGAGUGGCCAAACACCUUUUGGGGGACACUGUAUAUCAUAUCUCUUGUAUUUUGAUACAAACUCAGAGGCAUGCUUUGAACACUACACAAUUGCUUAACAAUAAUAAAGAACCUUUAAUGAUUUCACCAUUAUAGAGUGUUUAGAAGUGUGGUAGUACUAUGGCUAAACCCUUCCACAAAAUCAAUAAAACCCAUCAACUUGCUAAAUCUCCGAUCUCUUUUCUUACCAGUUUAAAUUGUCAGUGUGAAACGCAACACGUGUACAAAUAUUGCAUUGCCAAACAAGUUUUCACAGUAAAAAGAUCAAUCCACA